UGAAAAGAUUUGGCGAUAUCGCCUUGAAGAAUUUUUGAAUUUCAUGGAAAUACUACUGAAGAUUAGGCUGUAUGGUCUCGUACCUUUGCCUAUCCACUUGUGGAUAAAAUAUACCACUACUACUACUGUAUAUAUGAGUUUGAGUUGAGUCUGUUUCUAUUAUUCAAUUAUCAUGAAAUGUGCUUAAAAUACAAAAUCAAUAUAUUGUUAUCUGUUUUGUAAAUACUCCUUAUUAAAGACUUAUUCUGCACUAAAAUAUUAUAAAAACUACCUAUACAAAGAGUUAGCGAAAUUAAGAAAUUUCGUCAUGAUAUUUAUGAAACUUUUCAGUCAUAUUGUAAAUAAAAAUAUAUCUAACCUCCGGCACUACAGAAAAGAUAAUCCUUUUGUCAAAACAUGGAAAGUAAUUGCGAAGGAUGCGCCUGAGUUUCUGGGUAUUAAUAAAAAAAAGCCUGUUUAUCCUGAACAUGUAGACAUUGUUAUUAUUGGAGGUGGUUUCAUUGGGUCGGCAACAGCGUAUUGGUUAAAAAGAAGAGCCGCAGAUGGAUUAUCUAUAGUUGUAUUAGAAAAAGAUAUUACUUAUAAAAAUAUACAAAACAAUAUUUCACUUGGAACACUUACUCAACAUUUUUCUUUGCCUGAAAAUGUUUUUUUAUCUCAGUAUGGUACAGAAUUUAUAAGGAAAGCUAAAGAAAAUUUAGGUGAUGAUGUGGAUGUUCAAUAUAAUCCAAGUGGAUAUUUGGUGUUAGCUAGUGAAAAAUAUGCUGAUAAGUUAGAAACAACUGUGACUAUACAAAAAGAAUAUGGUCUUAAAAAUGAAUUACUGACACCAGAUGAAAUUAAUUCAAGAUACCCAUGGAUUAACACCAAAGAUGUACAACUUGGGUGUAUAGGAUUAGAAUCAGAAGGUGUAGUUAAUUCUUGGGCAUUAUUGAAAGGCCUUGUACAAAAAGCACAACAACUUGGAACUAUUUAUGUAAAUGCUGAAGUAGUGGGAUUUGAAAUGGAAAAACAACGUGAUGUUUUGAUGGAAGGUGUGUCUCCUGGUACAUAUGAAAAAAUAAACAAAGUUGUAUAUAGAACACCUGAUAAUGAAGAAUAUGCUAUCAAGUUUGCUGCUUGUAUAUUGGCAGCUGGGCAUGAGUCAGGAGAAAUAGCAAAAUUGGCCAAAGUGGGACAAAGUGAAGGACUUCUUUCUAUACCUUUACCCAUAGAAUCAAGACAAUAUGAGAUAUAUUCUAUAGAAAAUGAAGCUAAGAAAACUGGACUUAAUACUCCCAUUGUAAUGGAUACUAGUGGUUUGUGGUUAAGGAGAAAUUGUUUGGAAGACAACUUGUUGUGUGGAUUAGUUCCGUUAAUUAGAGACGACAGCAAAACAUUAUCUAAAGAAGAUUAUUACAAAAAUAUUAUAGAGCCAACAUUGAUCAACAGAUUCCCAAACACGACUGGAGCCCAGGUACUAAAAAUUUCUAGUGAAUUACAAGACUGCAACACAUACGAUGAUACUGGUAUUUUGGGCCCUCAUCCAUAUCACAACAAUUUGUACAUAGCAGCAGGAUUUGGCAAGUAUGGUUUACACCAUGCUCCAGGAAUCGGUAGAGCUAUUUCAGAAUUAAUAAUUGAUAGUCACUAUUCUACAAUAGAUCUAACAAGAUUGGGAUUUGAUAGGCUACUUAUUAAUGAGCCAUUAGUAGAAUUUAAUAUAUAUUAAUUUAGGUAACUAAGAUACAUGUUUUGUAUACAAAGUAUGGGUUGUUUUAAAGAAUUUGAUGUGUAACAACAACUCAGGAAAAAAAUACAAUUCCAUGUAAUGCUGAAAAAUGUUAACUUAAAGGAAUAUAAUUUAAAUUAUGAUCCUUUAAGUUAACUUUUUUUUAAAAUUAGGGAUAAUAUUAUAAAUUUGGUUAUUCAAUAAACCAGUACUAGUGAAUGUAAAUAAUA